CGCGGGGUGACCGUGCGGGUUUGUGACUUGUCCCCCCACUCUCGGCCGCCCUGUGCAGAUCUCAGGAAGCAGGCGAGGCAGCUGGAGAACGAGCUGGACCUCAAGCUGGUCUCCUUCAGCAAACUGUGCACCAGCUACAGCAGCACCCGAGACGGAAGGCGCGACAGCUCUGACACGACUCCUCUCUUAAAUGGAUCGAGCCAGGACAGAAUGUUUGAGACCAUGGCUGUGGAGAUUGAACAGCUUCUGGGAAAGCUGACUGGAAUAAAUGACAAAAUGGCCGAAUACACAAACAGCGCAGGAGUCCCGUCCCUGAACGCUGCGCUGAUGCACACGUUACAGCGUCACAGAGACAUACUGCAGGAUUAUACACACGAAUUCCACAAAACCAAAGCAAACUUUUUGGCAAUACGAGAAAGAGAGAAUCUCUUGGGAUCAGUACGGAAAGAUAUCGAAUCAUAUAAAAGUGGGUCUGGUGUGAAUAACAGAAGAACAGAACUAUUCCUGAAGGAACACGAGCACCUUCGAAA